CGUGCGUGCGUGCGUGCAGACGGCCGCGUCGGGGUGCAGAAGAAGAUGGCGGUCUCCACAGAACGUCACAUGGGUUUACUUACCACUGGUAGACAAGGAGGCAACACUGCUACAUGCUUUGCUGAAGUGAACUGAGUGACAAAUGUGCAGUGACCCAUCACCAACAGACUUUGAAAGAUGUGAAGUGAUUGGCCACUGAUAGGAUGCUCAACUCUUAUUUACAUAGAGAUUUGUGGACUGAAGAACUAACUAGCAGCAAAGAGUUAAAGUUCCUCGUAAUUUUCGCUUGUUGGAAGAACUUGAAGAAGGACAAAAAGGAGUAGGCGAUGGUACGGUUAGCUGGGGCCUUGAAGAUGAUGAAGAUAUGACACUUACAAGGUGGACAGGCAUGAUUAUUGGGCCACCAAGGACAAAUUAUGAAAACAGAAUAUAUAGCCUGAAAGUAGAAUGUGGACCUAAAUACCCAGAAGCUCCUCCAUCAGUUAGAUUUGUAACCAAAAUUAAUAUGAAUGGAAUAAAUAAUUCCAGUGGAAUGGUAGAUGCACGGAGCAUACCAGUAUUAGCAAAAUGGCAAAAUUCAUAUAGCAUUAAAGUUGUACUUCAAGAACUAAGACGUCUAAUGAUGUCCAAAGAAAAUAUGAAGCUUCCACAGCCACCAGAAGGACAAACAUACAACAAUUAAUUUUAGUGGAUUUCAAACUUGUCUUAAAUCAACAAUCUUCUACUCAUGUUAAUGUCUUGAUUAAAUAUCACAAUGCAAAAUACCCACACAUUAAGUAAAAGAAUGCCAGCUGGUAAAUAUGACCUGGACAUUUGUAAGAAUAUAUUUAAUAUAUGUAUACACAUUAUGUUUUCAGGUAACAGGAGAAAAAAUGCAGCACAAUUUUUUUAAAGCACUGUCAUUUAACCAUAAAUCUGGAGUAUUCAAAACAGAAUUCAGGUUUACAAGACGAAAGUAUGGUGAUUUUUACUAAAAGUAAAAAUCCCAAGAAGGAAAAAGAAAUGGCAUGCUUUCUCCAUCUUGCUUAGUGAAAGAGCUUCAAUUUAAAUUGUCUAAAGUAGCAGGUACAAUGAAUAUUGUCUCAAAUUGUUUUAAUUUUUGAAGUGGUGUGGGUGCUGACUACCAGUAGUAUAAAAAAUAUGUUCAGGAUUGUUUUCAUAUCUGUAUUUAUAAUAAAAAAAUGUCAUGGGGAAGGUCAAUGAAUUUCUGUUAAAAGCUGUUUCUGUGUGUUACAUGUAAAAGACAUGGUAAAUAUUUGUUUACAGUCUUUGACAAACCAUGCAUUUAAGUUGAAAUGAAAUCAACAAAAAGGAAAUAGGUGAAUGGAUAUGUGAUUUUUGAGAUUAAAGUUAGUCUUAAAAUGUAAAUAAAAUGUGGAUUGUGUUCUCAGAAACUGUGCCAUUUCUAUUAUAUUGAUGUGGUAUAUGGACAGUACCUUGCUGAGGUAGCAAAGAUUGGAAUUGUAGGUUUUCAUCCAUAUAAAAGUUUUUAUUGUUUAUCAUGUUUUGUAUGCUUCUUGUAAAUUGGAAUUUGCAGAGUAUUUUAGAGAACAAAUUACUUGAUUAAUUUAAUUUCUUCUUUGUAGAAGGAGGAAUCCCAAGUAUUAUAUUUUGACUUUGAUUUCACCAGAAAUAUAUUUAAAAGAUGCUUGAAUUUUAGCAAUUUUUAUAGAAUUAUAGAUUGUAAUUAUCCAAAUAUACAUUCUAUUUUUGAUUCAUAACCUUUUUUUUUUUUUUUUUGGGUGACAUUUUUCUCCCAAUGCUUUUAUUAUUGACUGGGAUUAAUUUAUCCAUUCCACUGUCUUUCACUUCGGCAUCUGUGUAAUUUGGAACUGAUGUUCUGCUUUUACCAAAGUGAGAGGUUUUAAGUAAUUGUUUUUCAUUUCAAAGCACUAGGUAUACUACUUUGUUGAACACACUCUUUUCUUAUGGGUUCACUGUACAAAAUAGAAAGGUGGUCUGGUAACAAGGACAGAUUUCUUAAACAGGCCCUGACAUGUUUUUGUCAGGUUCAUUCAUAUCUAAAGCUUUGAGCUACUUUUCUUAGUCAUUAAUGAUAAUUUGUCUAAACUUCUAAUUUCAACAUGGCUAUUCUAUUUUAAUUAUCAAAGAUGUUUAAAAUGACAUAGAGAAUAUAUAGAUACAAAUUAGUGCAUGUGUAAUUUAUUAAAAUAGGUUUGAAAUGAACUAUUACCUUGGAAUACAUUCUGAAAACUUUAAAAUUGUUAAGGGAGAUUAAGUUGAAUUACACUGAUGUCAUACACAGGAGUCUUGAUGGUUACUGAUGGUCUAAGUCAUUCUCUUUAAAAACUUCUUUUCCACUUUGAAAAUGUGUCUUAUCAUACAUGGGUGCUGAAUGCUGUUAAAUUAUUCAUACAUUGGUGGGCUGAGAAUCUGAGUACCUUGAUCUUGUCCUCUUUUCUUUCCCCAUAUCCUCUAAUUGUGAAGGUUUUUCUGUUGUUUUCCCUCCCUCAAGUAUAUGUUUGAGUUGGCCCUGUAUGUUUCCCCUUUUUGUUUUGGGACUGUGGAUCUCUGCUGAAAUCUGCAUGCAAAAGCAAGAUCCAUUUUGCAUGUCACAAUCAAGAUGUACGUGGCAAUCUAAGACACGCUAGUUGAUUAUAGAAGUUAAUGCUGAACCACUCUUAAUUGUAGUAACAUUUCUAAGACAACAGUUUUGAAGCUAUUUUUCCUUUGUCUGUUUUGUAAAGGGGCUAAGGUUGUAGGAGUGUGUGGUAUUAAAUGAACUGUAAAAUUGCCUUUGAAAUUUGUUUAAAAAACUAGCAGAUGAGCCCUAGGGGAUGAUCUUAUAUUAAUAAAGAUUACAAAAAUAAAGUUCUUGUCCUGUUA